CCGUACUUUAUUGUUACGAGCUCAACCCAAAAAUAGAACAACCACGUGAUCGGGAAUUUCCAAUGACGUUUUUUCCACGAAAGAUUUAAACUGUCAGUGCAGUGCUUAGAAAUAUCCGAAAGAAAAAUUGUCUGAACUAUAAAUAGAACUAAAACUUAAUGUUAGUCCUUCAACGAGGGUAACUGGAUCGUAGGACCAAUACAUGUAGUUGUGCGUUCACUGCCGUUUAUUUCUGCCAAGGAGUUCUCUAGCUCCUUGUUUCUACCUACCGAAACUGACAUGGCGGAAUUCCGACCUCUAGAUGAUGAGGACGUGGAAAAACUUUUGGCUCAAAUUGAAGAAAUACUAGAAAUUGCCAACAAAUUAUUACAGUUGAUGCCGGACAGUGCGCCUCCACCAGCAAAGAUGCUCCGUAAAAUAAUUGAAUUUUUGAAUACCGAUGCUGGAAAAUUAGCGACGAAGGAAUUGUUGCCCUACAUAGUGAGAGCAGUUUGUUACGUUGAUAAAUACAUUCGACAAUUGGAACUUUUGCAGAAUGCAAAUGCGUUUUUGCAGGACCUUUUUGCUGAUGAAGAUGUGUUGCAAGCGAUCUCCACAGAUCUCAGAAAAGCUGAAGGAAAAAUUCAAGUGAUCGAGAACCGAAUGAACACCUUGGAUGAGAUACUGCAUAAGCCCACCAGUGAAUGCAGACCCCUGAAUAACCAAGAAAAGAGAAGCUUCACCGCCUUGACUAUUCAACUAGAUGCUUCACUUAAGAAUUGUCAAUGGGAUCUUGACCAUCUUAGAGAGGAGAUACUUGAACUUGAAAAGAAAGCAAAGGUCAAGUCUGGUGCAAGUAGAUUUGGGAAAUGGGUUUCGUUUGCAGCUGGUGUAUUGGCUGUUGUAGGUUUAUGGACUAAGUCUGACAAGCUAACAACAAAUGAGAAAAUUGGACUUGGUGCCACUGCUGCAGGAUGUGUAGGACUAGGAUUGGGGAUGCAUGUGGUUGGAGAAGUGAUGGAUCGAUACAAGAAACGGUUAUCUUCUAUCCAAGCAAGGCAUGAUGAACUUCAGAAAAAACUGGAUUCUCUGCAAGAGGUUUCAUUAAGGCAUCAACAGGCAGAGAAAAUCCUCAGCCCUUUUCAUGCAGCUCCAACAAAUGAGGCCCUUCUCUGCCAGUAACAGAUCUUCACGAAUACCACAUAUUAAAUGGAUCUUAUAGAUUGAUGAAUUGUAAACAAUGUGCAGAUGAAUCUUUGAAAAGGUGUCAUUGAAUGCUAGUGUCUUGUAGAAAAAAAAAGUUCAUGUAACACAUCCUGACACAUGCACACAUCAUACAUUAUCUUGUAUACAUGUCAUUUUUAACUGUUCAUCACCAAACUCUGUCUGAACAGCUACCAGUAGAGGUUUAAGACUAAGAAACUUGUUUACUAUUUUUUGUUCGCCACCGGAUAUAUAGUGCUGUGAUGACAACACCUUGACACUUACAUGUACACUUUGCUGAUGUUAUGUAGAUCAUCACCAAAUAAGUUUUCUCUUGAGUCUUUCCACAUAUCGAUUAAAUCAAGAGCUUUCCCUGUUAUCCGACGUAGCCAUAUCUGCCUCUUCCAUCAAACAACAACAUCUGCAACCCUUUUUCAGCUGACGUCGAAAGUCUGCUCUCAUCACUACGUAUAUUAUGGGGUCCACAGCAUGGUUGACAAUUACUAAUAUGGUAGAACUGAAGAGUAGAUCAGAAUUUACUAUACCCGUAACUUUUUGAUGGAUAGAUGUGGCCUGGAUAUUAAAAAUAAUAAAAUAAUAAUAAUAAUAAUAAUAAUAAUAAUAAUAAGACAUAAUCAGGCGUUACCUUACAUUACAUUGAUGAGGACAUAUAUUGUUAUAAUAAAUCGGUGCUAUCGAUAGAGCUAUUUUAAGGAAAGAAAUGGGAGAAACGGAUUAUUUGAGAUAUACAAAUUAGUCCUAAUAUGUUAUAUUGUUUGUAUUGACAAAGCAUGAUUGUGCUUAUUAUGUUUCUGUAUACUUGAAAGAUGAUAUCAAAAGAAACUUACUAUAAACGGCACCCAGCAAACUAUAAAGGCAGCGGCGAUGACACCAAGAAAAUGCGCAAAUGCUUUCUCCUGUUUUAGCUGAAAUAACAAAAAUAACAAUAAUAAUAAUAAUACCAGGGCACAGAUCAUCACAAUUUACUGAAGUGGUGCUUUUACUAAAUAUGCUAAACAUGGCACAUGGUCAAGAGCCAUAAUAUUUAUAUCUGUGUAACUGUGUUAUUUACUGAUCUAUUUCUUAUGUAAUUAUAGUUCUUCCUCCCUUGUAAAUUUGCAUCACCUCAUAUUGUGAAACAUGAUCCUGGCCAUAUGUUUCACGAUUUGUGUUUAUGGUUAAUUUAUAAUCACACCAAGAAGUUGUAUCUCACCGCCAAGCUAGAAUAUUUUAUUAGUAAAUUAAUUCGUACAUCUGUUCAUUAUAUAAAGAUAUAUAUUUGUUCAGUCACAAACUGGCAACUCAAUUACCAACUAGAGAAUAUUAUUAUAUUUAUAUUCUACAAGGUCAUGGUUAUCUAUUUACCAGUACAGAAAUAAUACUAAAUAAUAAUCAAAACCUAUAUUUCUCGUCCCAGUGUCUGGUUUAUUUCUUCCUUGUAGAAACUAGUACAAACAUGCAGAUUUGUUGUACUUUAUAUAUGUUUUUGA